UGCGAGCCUGAGUGCGUAGGCGACAGGGCCGUCGCGUGCUUGACGUCAGCCGCGCGCUGCUUGGACGAGGCAGGCGGCCGGGUUGGUGGGGCGCUGCGGCUUUGCGCCCCCCUUGCGGCGGUCUGGUGUGGCUCUGGCGAGUGGCGCGCGCCCAGGGCCGUAUCCUGGUUCUCGCUCGCUUUGCCGCGGCCGCUGCCUCAGUUCUGGGCCGUCCGCCGGAUCUCGUGGAGCCCCCUGCAGGACUGUCCUGUCACUGGAGAAAGUGUCGUGAGGACGAAGUGGGCAUGGAAGCUGUGGUGCUGAUGGCCAGGUCCCAGACACUGGUGACCUUCAAGGAUGUGCUUGUGGAUUUCACCAGGGAGGAGUGGAAGCUACUGGAUGCUGCUCAGCAGAUCAUGUACAAAGAUGUGAUGUUGGAGAACUAUAAGAACCUGGUUUCCUUGGGGCAUCAGCUUCCUAAGCCAGAUGUGAUCCUGCGGCUGGAGAAAGGGGAGGAGCCCUGGCUGGUGGAGAAAGGGAUUUACCAUGGGACACAUCCAGAUUCAGACACCACAGCUGAAAUUAAAUCAUCAGUUUCCAGAAAGAGCAUUUCUAAAGACAAACAAUCCUUUGGCAUUAAAAUGGAAGGAGUGUCAAGGAAUGAUCUUUGGUAUUUGUCACUAGAAGAUGUCUGGAAAUGUGACAACCAGUUGGGCAAAUAUUAUGACAGCCAAGAAAGACAUAUGAGGCAAGUGGCAUUCACCCAGAAGAAAGUACUUAUUCAAGAGAAGGCCUGUGAAAGUGGUAAAUAUGAGGAAGGCUGUCUUGUCCCUGCUCAGCUAGUACUGAGAGAGUAUUUCCAUAGACAUAGCUCACAUACUAAAAAUUUAAAGCAUGAUUUAUUGUUCAGUGGGCACCAGGAAAGCUGUGCAGAUAGUAGUAAUGAAUGUGGCCAAACCUUCUGUCAAAACAUUCAUCUUAUUCAGUUUACACGAACUCACAUUGGAGAUAAAUCCUACAAGUGUCCUGAUAAUGACAUCUCUCUUACUUCUGGUGCAUCCCUUGAUGCAUCAAAGGGUAUACACAGAGAGAAACCCUAUGAAUGUAAAGAAUGUGGAAAAUUGUUCAGCUGGCGCUCUAAUCUUACCAGGCACCAACUUAUUCACACUGGAGAAAAGCCCUAUGAAUGUAAAGAAUGUGGAAAGUCUUUCAGCCGGAGUUCCCAUCUCAUUGGACAUCAAAAGACUCACACUGGUGAGGAGCCAUAUGAAUGCAAAGAGUGUGGGAAGUCCUUCAGCUGGUUCUCACAUCUUGUCACCCACCAGAGAACUCAUACAGGAGACAAAUUGUACACAUGCCAUCAGUGUGGGAAAGCCUUUGUGCAUAGCUCCCGGCUUAUCCGGCAUCAGAGGACUCACACUGGAGAGAAACCCUAUGAGUGUCCUGAGUGUGGGAAGUCAUUCCGACAGAGCACACAUCUCAUUCUGCAUCAGAGAACACAUGUCAGGGUGAGGCCCUAUGAAUGUAAUGAAUGUGGGAAGUCUUACAGCCAGAGAUCUCACCUUGUUGUCCACCACAGAAUUCACACUGGACUGAAGCCUUUUGAGUGUAAAGAUUGUGGAAAAUGUUUUAGUCGAAGCUCUCACCUUUUCUCACAUCAGAGAACCCACACUGGAGAGAAACCAUAUGAAUGUCAUGAUUGUGGGAAAUCUUUCAGUCAGAGUUCUGCCCUCAUUGUGCAUCAAAGAAUUCAUACUGGAGAGAAGCCCUAUGGGUGUUGUCAGUGUGGGAAAGCCUUCAUUCGGAAGAAUGACCUCAUUAAGCAUCAGAGAAUUCAUAUUGGAGAGGAGACCUAUAAGUGUAACCAGUGUGGCAUUAUCUUUAGCCAGCAUUCUCCAUUUAUUGUCCAUCAGAUAGCACAUACUGGGGAGCAGUUCCUCAUGUGUAAUCAGUGUGGGACAGCAUUAGUUAAUAACCCCUCCCUUACUAGAUACCAGACAAAUCACAUGACAGAGGCCACUUAAUAAUGCAAGGAAUACAGAACAUGCUUUAAUAAGAGCAAUAAUUUUACAUUGCAGAACUCAUGGAGAGAAGCUGUGCAAAUGGAAUAUGUGUAGAAAUGCUUUCAGUCUUGUUACCACCCUACUGCACGCUAUUGAAUUGGCCCAGAGGGGCACACAUUUCAUUCCAGUAUAUAAAUACAUUAGAUUUUCUUUCCACAAAUUCCCAUGAAAGUAAUUGGCCUGGGUGCAUUCUUGACCAAGCCUUAAAUUCUAGGUUCUGAUAAGGAACUUUUAAGUAGGUGAAUUGUUGAGAGAUAAUGCAGCUUUAGUAUUCCGAGAGGUAAAUAAAUAUGGCAGUAUAGUCAAAUUUGUUGUUAAGAAUAAAACACAGUUAGCAAGUGAUAGUAAUAUUCCAGUGAGGUAAUAUGCCAUUGUUUACUUGAUUGUGCUUGUCUUCUAGACACUUAGUAGAGUUUAGUAUGUUUUUUGUUUCUUAUAUAAACCACAUUUUGGAUAACUACAAGAAUAAUCUCUAUAAUGUAAAAGCAUUCACACAUCCACACUACUAGUAAUACUCACUUUAAAAAUAUAUUUGCAUGUGCGCAAGAAUUGAAGAUCAAAUGGAAAGUAUAGAUAAAUGAAUCAAACUGAUCCUUUUGAUAAUAGGACUAUGAAAGAGUUUUCCAGCAUAUUCAGUAUUGCUGAAAUAAUUAAGAUAUUUAAAAAUGCUCAAGAAGGAUAUCAAUUUCUUUUUCUUUCAAAAAAGAUUGAGGAUCACCUGCUGUGAACUUUCCUAUUAUAAGUUGUUUGGGUCCUAAAGUUCUACUUUUGAGAGAUGAGGCUAAAGGUUCAUGAGAAUUUGAAAAUAGUAGUUCUCUGUUAGUGGAGAAUGAGGGGAAUGUUGGGCAUUUGGGACACAUGGUUGGAUGGGGGUCUGUUUGAGACCAGGAACCUGUGCAGCAUUUGCAGCACAUGUGCUCAUGAGUUAAGCACAGCACUGGCCAAGGGCAGUGCCUCUUUCUUGUGGCAGUCUUUCAUCUUUAUAAAGGAAAUUCAGUGGCUCAGAGCAUAAACCUGAGCCUGACCACGCAGUUGAAAUACUGCUUUGUUCCUUGGUAGCCAAGUGAUCAUGUACAUCUGCUGGGCUUCCCUGUCCUGAACUGGAGAUAAGCUCUUCUGAACUUCAGAGGUAAUGGGAGCACUUACGUCAUAUGUUUGUGGUCAGUGUCAAAUGUGUAAACAUAAACAGCUUGGCAUAUGCCAAGUUCUUUAUCAUUAGCUGUGAUUAUGCAUAUUCUUGUUGACCACCCUGAUGUCUGUCCUUUAUCUCAAAUCUGCUUCUGUGUUUACUGAGUUCUUCCUUGCUUUCUGAUGAUACGCAUUUUUCCUUUUACAUCAGUUGGAGUGUAAUCUGGGAAAAUGGCUGGCAAAUAGUGGGCAUUUGGUUGCAUAUCUGAGGAUUAGUAAAAAAAUUUUAAUACUGUAUGCAAAAUUGUUUUAUUUGUACAAGGGUCUGCUCUUCUAGGGAGAAGAUCUCAAUGUUCAGAUUCUCUGGUAAACCACUGAUCCAAAAAUGAUUCAAGAAGAGGAUCCUUGUAAAGUUUUUGUUUCAUUCUAUAAAUGAAUCUCUAUGUGUAAUGUGUAAGUUGUCAAAAUAAAAAUGGAGUAUUUUGUGUCAUCCCAAACAAAAAACAA